AUGCUUUUAUUUUUUCAACAGAAUGAUAACGGUGAUAAUCAGUGGGCGUCAGUAAACCGCUCAGCACUGCCCCCUGCUGACCGAAACUCGUUACUCCAUCACCCUAUCACAUGACUUCACUUCCGCAACUCCUGACGCUGCUCUCUCAGAAACAUCCCAGUGCGCUCGGGGGAGGAAGGCGCUUGGUGUUUGGUCGUGUUCUGGGAAAUGUGGCACUGUGAGGGGGCUUUGAAAGAGACCUGGACCUGAAAGCGGAGCGACGGGACUCUGAGCGGAGGCACCAUGUCUGUGCUGAAAGGUGGCAGUCUGCUGCUUGGGCUGCUUCUGCUCGGACAGUCACUCGACGCAGCUCCAUCAUUCAGUGUGGACUACAAGAACGACUGCUUCCGCAAAGAUGGGCAAACGUUUCGCUACAUAUCCGGAAGCAUCCACUACAGCAGGAUCCCCAGAGUCUACUGGAAGGACAGGCUGCUGAAGAUGUACAUGGCUGGAUUAAACGCCAUCCAGAUAUACAUCCCAUGGAACUACCACGAACCGUCUGCAGGCCUGUAUAAUUUUAGUGGCGACAGAGAUUUGGAGCAUUUCCUUAAACUGGCGCAGGACAUUGGUUUGCUGGUCAUCCUUCGGCCGGGACCCUACAUAUGCGCGGAGUGGGACAUGGGUGGUCUGCCCGCCUGGCUCCUCAACAAGAAGGACAUCGUGCUGCGGUCCUCAGACCCAGACUACAUCGCAGCCGUGGAUAAGUGGAUGGGGAAGUUGUUGCCCAUGAUGAAGCCUUAUCUCUACCAGAACGGAGGUCCCAUCAUCUCCGUUCAGGUAGAGAAUGAAUAUGGCAGCUACUUUGCGUGUGACUACAACUACAUGCGUCACCUGACCAGGCUGUUCCGGUCCCACCUGGGGGAUGAAGUGGUGCUGUUCACCACAGAUGGCGCCGGGCUGAACUACCUAAAGUGUGGCUCUAUACAAGGCCUGUAUGCUACUGUAGACUUUGGGCCACAUUCGAACAUCACUGCUGCCUUCGCUGCGCAGCGCCACGCUGAGCCCCACGGACCUCUGGUGAACUCUGAGUUCUACACGGGCUGGCUGGAUCACUGGGGGUCCCCUCACGCCGUCGUGUCGUCUGCUGAAGUGGCCAAGUCCCUCAGCCAGAUUCUGGCCAUGGGAGCAAACGUCAACCUGUACAUGUUCAUCGGAGGAACAAACUUUGGAUACUGGAACGGCGCCAACUCGCCGUACGCCGCACAGCCCACCAGCUACGACUACGACGCUCCGCUCACAGAGGCGGGGGACCUCACAGAGAAGUUCUUCGCCAUCAGAGAGGUCAUCAAAAUGUACAGGGACAUACCAAAGGGCCCGGUACCACCCACAACCCCGAAGUUUGCCUAUGGCGCUGUUCCGAUGAAGAAGCUUCAGACAGUGGCAGACGCCUUAGAAAAACUAUCCUUUUCUGGCUCUGUCAAAAGCGUGUAUCCCCAGACUUUCAUGGAACUGAAUCAGGCUUUUGGUUAUGUGUUCUACAGAAUGACUCUGCCCUUCAACUGCAGCAGUCCCACUCCUCUGUCAUCGCCCAUGAACGGGGUGCACGACAGAGCAUACGUCUCUGUGGACGGGGUGUUUGCAGGAAUUCUUGAAAGGAACGAAGUCAUAACUGUCAAUGUGACGGGGAAAGCUGGCAGUCAGGUGGACAUACUAGUGGAGAACAUGGGCCGAAUCAACUAUGGAAGAGACAUCAAUGACUUUAAGGGCCUGGUGUCCAACCUGACUUUGGGGGGACGCACAAUCACCGGCUGGACCAUGUACAGCCUGAACAUUGAUGAAGUUGUCGGCCAGGACCUCCUCGAAGAGAAUCCCCCCACACAGGCAGAUUCACCCCAGCCCGGUGUUUUAUCGCCUCCGACCUUCUAUAAGGGGAGCUUCAUAAUUCCCGAUGGCAUCCCAGACCUCCCUCAGGACACCUAUGUCACAAUGCCCAGCUGGAGGAAGGCAUUAAAUGGGCAGAUCUGGAUCAACGGCUUCAACUUAGGCCGCUACUGGCCCACCCGAGGCCCCCAGGUGACUCUUUUUGUCCCUGCCCACAUCCUGAGCACAGCGGCCCCCAACAACGUGACUGUCCUCGAGCUUGAGGGUGCUCCCUGUAGCAGCCCGGAGGCCUGCAGAGUGGAGUUCACCACCACCCCAGUCCUUAACGGUGCAACCCUGUCUGACAGCCAGCAGCAUAGGAGGAUGUUUAUCAAAGAGGACUUACUGUAAUGAUAAGGGAACUCAAAGGAGAUAAUUUUGCACUCGAUGUCAUAGUGUCCAAAUGGUACAAAUGUCAAAUAUGUUUGGUUAUUUCUUUAAAAGGUGUGUUAUAUAGAAACAGGCUGAUUUUGUGUAUGAAUCAUGUAUGUGUUUCUACCUCACUGAGUAUGUAUUCACAAUCAUUUCUGUCAUUAUGUUUACUGGCUAGGUUCACUGGCAAUGAAAACCAUGAAAUUCACUCAGAUGGAAUAGGUGUCCACAAGUUGUGUAACUGAUCAUCAAAAGUUACUGUUCACCGGACUCUUGCUGACAUUAAAUUGAUUGAUGUGCCUUGCAACAGAAAAAAUUAAAGUGGGAUUUUACUUCGGAACGGAAAUACAACCAGCCCAUGUCUUAGUUACCAUGUACAUCACCACACCAUUGGAAGAUGUUGUACCAAGUGAUCACGUUAAAAGAUUAACAAAACACCUUCUAUAAAGUCUUUACUUCAUUGCAUGCUAAUUUCCCUCAAAAUUCAACUGACGAUGUUAUAGUGG